AUGUUGAGAGUUGCCGCAAAGAUGAAGCAGAUGAAGAUUGUGACGAUAGAGAUCACAAUGAAGUUGUUGUUGUCUGAUUUGCAGUUUUUUGAAUUCAAGAAGAUGAUGCAGAGUGAAGGUAUAGGUGCCGUUCUGACGAAGGUUGAAGGUGCAAGGGUGAUGAUGAUAAUGGUUCAAGUGUUGCAGUUCGGUUGCAGAGAUGGAGAUGAGAGGAUUUUCUGUGGAGUUUUGGAAGAUGAAGAUGAAGAUGAGAGAAGAAGAGAAAAUUUCUGUAAUUUUUUGGAUGUGAUUCUUCUGAUUGUUGAGGAAUGA